AUGGCCACCUCCCCAGACAAAGACCUCACCCAAGAAACAAUCUACGACGAAGAAUGGUGGGUGAAAAACACCCGCGAACACCCAGACAGCCCAAUUUCCCUCCCCCUCUCCCCGUCACCACAGCCAGCCUCCUCGGGAGACUCAAACGACACCGACACCUCCGACCACACAAACACCUCCAACAUCUCCAUCCCCGCCACGGCAAUCCACACCCACGACACAACCGCCGCGACCAUCACAUCCCUCCGACCGCCAGGGAACCCCCACGCACCCUUAUUCCUCGGCGCGCCGCCCGUGAAGCCGGCAAAUAAAGGCCAAUGGGCUUACGUGGAGUACAUCCCCGCCUGGACGGACCCGCUCUGGAAAGACGGCGAUUCGAGAGUGCAGGACGAGAAGAACCCGGCGUACGUGGUGCGUAAGCGCGACUGGACGAAGACGAUCCGUCCGGCGCAGCUGCCGCAGGAUAGGGCGCAGAAUCCGAGCGCGUUUGCGUUACGGUACGGGGUGUAUCCUGACAGAUUGGAUGGUAGGUCGCGGUUGACGCCUACGAGGGGCGCGUUUCGCACGUUCAAGUAUGAUGGGGUCGAGGUUCCUGGUGUGACGGCGGAGGUUGUGAUUAAGCAGGCCGAGGGGUUUGCGAAUGCGGCUGGGUUGGCUGGGGUGGAUGGGUUGUUGGAGGUGUAUUCUGGGAUGAGGGGGGGUGGGGGUGAUGAGAAUGAGAGGUUUGUGUUGAGGGCGUUGGAGGGGAUGAGGGAUGAUGAGGAUUGGCAGAUGGUGAUGUUUCGGGGGAUGACUUCGCAUGAGUUGAUUGAGGGGGGGAUGAUGUCGAUGAGGAAUGGGAAUGCUUGUGAUUUGAAGAAUGAUCUUCACAAAGACAAGUGGGUUGAAAGCACAUGGCGAGGAUGCGACCCCGAAAAACCAAGACUCGUCUACCAAUCCGGCCAAGUCAAAGGAGAAUGGGACCCAAGAACCAACGACUACCUCUGGGAAAAAAUGCAACCCGCCCUCCUCCUCGCCUCUCGCAUCCUAACCCACCUCGAUAAAAACGACCCCUUCUGGCGCCGCCUCCACGACGUCCUCAACCGCCAGACCAUCGGCGAACCCCACGACUACCGCACACCCGAGAUGCGCAAGAAGAACCCGAUCGUGAAGUUCACACUCCACGACUACGCCGACGGCGGCGGGCAAAACGCCAUCGUGGACGACGAGACUCGCAAGGACAUGUUUGACGUCCACUUUGAGGUUCUCCGCGUCCUGCAGACGAGGAUGCGGUUCAUGGUGUGUAGAGGGUAUAAGGACGAGGAUGGCGGGACGGCGGGCGUGACGUGUGUAGCGGGCUCGUGUAUCGAUGUGCAUAUUGCUGCGGAUGCGUUGUGGCCGUUGGUUGUGCCUGGGUAUAGUGAUGAUGAGAGGUUGAUGCAGGGGUUCUUUCUGGCUUCUACUAUUGUUCAUGAGAUCGCUCAUGCGGUCAACUACGCGCACCAUCUCGUUCUCUUGCCGCCGGCCUGCUUCGAGGUUGAGACCUGGAAAGCUACCCCGGACAAGGUCAAGAAAGCUUCGGAGAUUGGAUCAAAGAUGUUUUCCAAAUUUUCGGAUGGCCACAUUGAGCCGUUUUUCGAGGAUGAGCCGCAGGCUGAGCUGGGGUUUUGUAUAGAGAAUAGACUCUUCGGCGGCGUUACCUGGAAUAUCAUAUCCCCCGAAAUACCUUACCUCUUCUUUCUGCCUGCCGCCAUGGCAAUGGAGAGGUGGCCACGGCCCAAAGGCGAUUGCCGCCGCCCCUCCCUCGAAAAGCUCCAAAAAAGUCCGGAAAGACUCGUUCUCGACCAGAUACCGCUGCCCUCGGACCAAUACUUCUCCCCCACUCGCGUCGUCCACAUUGUCCGCCUCUUCACCGAAGCCUUCUGGGGCGUCGAGGUGAACAAGUACGGCCCCGCGGCGCUGCGCUUCGGCGGCUUGGACCCGGUCAAGCUCCCCAUCCUCUGGCCGCGCAUCCAGCUGAGCGCCGCGCUGAGGGGUGUGCUGGCGCCGAGGGGCGAUCGGGCUCUGGAACUGCUGCCGCGAAGCGACUCGGAGGAAAUGCUUGACGCUGGCCCUACGCUGCAUCGUUUCUUGUACCAGGUCGGGACCGAGUUUCUGAGGCCGAAUGUGGUGCGGUACCGGUGGGAGAGAGACCACAAACACUUUGUUCACACACGGAACGGCCAGAUGAUCUUACACAUGUUUCAGUUGGCUGUCAUCGUGAUUGAGACCGAUAUCGCGUAUAAUUUGCGGCAGAAUACCGAGGAUGUUGAUAAUAGGCGAAAGAGCAGAGCCUGGCUGAGGAGCUGGAAGAAAGCUGAGACUCGAAGAUGGGGGUCGAAUCUCGACAAGAGUUUACAACAUGCGCAAUCGUCAUCGAAUGGCAAGCUAUGCCCUUUGCCACAUCGAUCGGUUCAUCCCCUCCAAGAUGAGGACUAUUUCUGGCAAAAUAUUCCCGACUUAGGGACGAGAGCGGGACAGCGGACAGCGGAAGUGUUGAGACGGGUAUACGAGAUGAUCAUCUUCGAGAUCGCGUGCUUUCAGCAAAUAUUUAUCGACAUUUACCACCUCGACGACGCAGAGCUCGAAGCGUUCCAAGCGACGAAGGCGCCCGAGGACCUGGACUGGCGCCUCACGUUUACAACCGAUCUGGGAACGGAGGCACUGCGACAGGCCACGAGACUCGUGGCAGACUAUGGCGGGACCGGUUUCAUACCCGCCGUCAACAUGGCGGUUCUCCACGACUUUGUGGGGAAAUUCACCAACAUGAGGGCGCAGCUCGAGGAGAUGAAGCCGUGGGCGGAGAAUCUUUCCGAGAUCAAUCCUUCCAACUAUAACCUCCUGCAACCUAUAAUACCGAGGCUCAAGAUCGCGCGGCGGCCGGUGACGGCAAGGAUGGUCAAGAUUGUGCAAAAGGAGCUCGGGAUGCUUCCCGUGGAGACUUUGGUGGUUGUUGAGAAGUUUCUGAGCUUUGUGAAGACGACGGUGAAGGCUGCGGGCCAAGUAAAGAUCGAUUUGGCAAGGGAUUAUGAGAUGGAUCUGGACGAGGUGGUUACCGAGUUCGAAAAGAGGGAUAAGCUUGAUCAACCUGACUUGGUGGAGGAUGCUGCUGACGAGGACGACCCCGAGGACGGCCUUGCCGACAAUGAUCCGCUUACUGAAAUCAUCAGGAAGAGGAAGCCUAAGAACCCCUGGAAUGGAAUGAAUCAUCCUCCAAAACGGCUCAAAAGACCCAGGAUCGCGGCACCGCAGCUCGUGCCCCAGCCCCUGGCGCAUCCCACACCCUUCUCAAGAUACUCUCCGCCCAGGCAUAGGUUUGGGGACACCACCAAGGCCAGCCGGUUCUCAAGACGCAACAUAGUCAACGCCGUCCCGGACCCAAUGUCCAAGAUCCCAAACGUAUUCGCCAACAUCCCAGACAUAUCUUUCCCUCUAUCGCAAUCUCCUUCCGGGUUCGCGGGAUACGGUCCAGGCCAACAGCAGCCGCCGCCACAGCUCCCUACUCACGCUUCAGUAUUCGGCAAACCUGGGAUCCGGAUCGCAGAAGGCCCGGAGCCGAUGGGCAUAUUCCCCCACGCGUAUGCGUUAUCGGCAUCCUUCACGGAAGACCUUGAGCACGAGGCCAGGGCCCGACUUAUGCUCGCGCAGCAGAGCCCCGCGAAUUCCGCUUUCGGGUUCAGAGAGAGGCACGGAGCGACGCUAGCGAACGCGUAUCGUGAUCCUUUGCCCGUGAUACCGGAUUCUCCUGAAAGGCAUACUACCGGCGCCGCCCCAAAUUUCGGAGUUGGUGGGGGAAAUCGACGGCGAAGAAUUCCGGAUCCGCAGGAUUACUCACCCACUACGGAAGAAGUGUCCAGCUUAUCAAGUUAUCCAGGUUCGACUCCGAGAAACGUAGUCAGGGGGAAUGGGGCGGUGGGCCCCAGGGACGUGGAUGCUGUAGAUGAAGACGAGAGAUGGAGGAUAACUAGCACAAACAGAGCCAACGCACUCAAUAUGCAGCGAGAAAUGGAUAUAAAGCAAGGGGCGAAAGAGAAGAUUGAGGAGCAAAAGCGGCAGCAGCGGGAGUGGCUGAAUAGUCUUGCAAGACAGCAGGCAUCGACCGGCAUGUUGGAGAUGGACAUGGGGCCUGAUUUCGGUACAGGACCUUUAGGAGAAGGAUCAAGUGCUAGUACUGGUGGGUUGGAUGAGAGAGUCGGCUCGGGGCCAUCUACUGCUUCUCAUCGGCAGCAGGCGAGGUAUCUGCCGAACGAUAUGGACUGGGUGCCUGGCUGA